AUGGGAAAAGGUUCAAUUUAUGGAGGGGUCGUUGCGAGUGUUGCCAGGUUUUCUAAACUAUCAGAUCGUAUGUUUGCAUUCGAUUUGGACUACAAACACUGGAGUGAAAUCCACUACCCUCGGGCUCAUUUACGUGACACUUACGUUCCACGUGAGAGAGCAUUUCACACCGCAACCAUUAUCGGUAACUAUUUGGUGAUAUUCGGCGGUUAUUCCCAUCGCCAUAAUAGAGAGGAAAUCUGCUAUGAUGGGCAAAUGUAUUUAUAUCACCUGGGUUGCCAUUCCUGGAUACCGUUGGACGUUUUGGGGAAGAAUCGAAAGUUUUAUCCUAAGAAACAGGGUGUUUUCGCUCAUGCGGCAGCUUUGAAGCCACCAUCCACGUUACUCAUAGCCGGCGGAUAUCAUGGCAAUGUCAAUGGCGAUUUGUUAGCGUACGUGGUGCCGAGUUGGCAUGCUGGUAUAAGCGGGAAGGAUCCCGAGACAGCGUGUCCCAGACACCGAACACAGCCCGAGUGUCUCGCUGAUCCAGAAUGUGGCUGGUGCUCCGCUGACGAGAUUUGUUACGGAAGAACUAUAGGAUCGAACUGUACAACGAAUUUGCAAUCCAUAAGAUGUUUGGGAAUCUGCCCGGCUCUCGGCGAUUGUCACUCUUGUCUUAUACACGGACCGCCGCUGGGAAAGAACAGCUCUAGAACUCCAUUGACGUCCGUCAGCAUGCAACUUGGUAUAUAUCAGUGUAGUUGGUGUGUUCAAAACGCAAGAUGUCACCACAAGGAUGAUAGUUACGGUGUAUGUGGUGAAGACACGCCCUCUGAGAACCCAGGUUGGUGGGGCACCGUCGGCACUGAGGUGGUGACGCCAGAGGAAUGUAAAAUAUUAGAUAAACGUCCCGGUCUUACUUUCCUGAGGUACCAACAACCGGCUGAUCUCAACCACCCAGAUGGCGUUUCCGUUGUGAAUGCGACCACCGUUGACUGGGGUACCGGUGGAGGCAGCAAUCACAUCUUCAGCGGUCCCAGCGAGGCGAUACUUAGAGGCUGGCUCCAUAUUCCCCAGUACUGGAAUGGGACUGGCGAGACUCUGAACAUUUGUGCUGGCUAUUCAAAUCUUACGCUCAGUCUUGGUGACGGUGAAGCAGUGGCCAAUCUCUCAGCUGCACCGUCAGCCUGUGCCGGCGUAUCGUGGCCUUCCUUACAACCCGGCCGCCUCGCCGUCCACAUGCACGCUAACGACUCAUUACACACCGGACUCUACCCCUCACAUCAUCAUGCAAAGAUGGAAUUGUUGCACAAUAAGUCACAGGAGACUGCUAAGGUGUUCACAUUUGAAUUCCUAGAGCCCUACUCCAACGGCCAGUGUUCGAACUACGAUAAUUGUCUACUGUGCCUGUCGGAUGCGGCGUGUGGUUGGUGCGAGAUAACAAACCGUUGUGAGGAACGCAAUAUAGAUGAAAAAUUGACGUGUGCGGCCGAAGGAGAAUGGAGAUAUCUCACCUUACAACCGGCUGCGUGUCCCAAUUGUUCGAACUAUAUCAGUUGUGAGCGAUGCGUGUCCGGAAACUACUGUGAGUGGUGGGCGGAUGAGGCAAGGUGUGCACGGCGCGGUCGUGCUAGUGGGGCGGUGGUAGACGCUAGUGAAUGUCCCGCACCGUGUCGAAUGCGUCUUGACUGCGAGCACUGUCUCGACGAGCGUGGCCGUUGUGUUUGGUGUGAAGCCACGCGCCAGUGCUUCAGCUUCAGCGUCUACACAAGCGAAUAUCAGUUUGGAUUGUGUCGGGAAUGGCUUGAUCGCGCAUCGACUACAGCGGACGAACCCACCAAAAAGUCCAGCCAAUGUAAGUCAUGUCAAGCCAACACGCAGUGUUCGACGUGCUUACGGAGCAUGGGCUGUGGUUGGUGCCAUUCUUAUGAAAAUCCGAUAAAUGGAAUGUGCACGGAAGGUGAUUUCACACGGUCGCAUGUAGAUUGCGCCUCACUGUUAAAUGUAACAUCAAAUGACGCUGGUUGGGCGUACGCUCAAUGUCCAGAUGUUGACGAAUGUGGGCUUGGCCUCCAUGAUUGUCAUGAGCAUGCUGUGUGCAAUAAUACGCAUGGUUCGUACACGUGCAAAUGCAAGCAAGGAUACAUAGGUGACGGCAAGAAAAGUUGCAUACGAACUUGUUACAACACUUGUAUACACGGGUACUGCUUGGGCGCUCCUCAAUAUAUGUGUAGGUGUGACUUGGGUUGGACGGGCGCGGACUGUUCUAUUAAUUGCGGGUGCCAUAAUCACUCAACUUGUAAAACGGGCGUGGGCAGGUGUGACGAAUGCCAGGAUUGGACUGAGGGUGAAUUUUGCGAAUCCUGUAAACCAGGUAGCCAUGGCAACGCAACCACCGGUCAAGGGUGUCGUCGAUGUGACUGUAAUGGACAUGGAGACGAAAGUCGAGGUGUUUGCGAUGUGGGUACUGGGGAAUGUAUUUGUAAAGAUAACACAGAAGGACAAAAUUGUGAACGCUGUAAACCAAAAUUUUAUGGAGAUCCACGACACGGUGGCAGGUGCUAUUAUCAAUGUGAGCCAAGAGGAAUGUUGAAUGCUUCAGAAACAGAGGGAAUUGGUUCUUUUAAAAUUGAUCCAGAUAUUAACAGCAUAGGACCUUCUAAAGAGUGUCUGUGGAUUAUAACGGCUGAAGAUAUUAAAGAUGCCAUUAUACAAUUCACUGUUAAUUCAUCUACUUUUAAUGUGCCCUGUGAUCAGAAUGCCGUAUAUGUAUACGAUGGGUUGGGCGGAGUAUCUGAUUUGACCAACAAUCCUCAAAGCCAACUAUUAGGUUUCAUUCAUUAUAAACAGAGCCAGCCCGAUCAAGGUUUUGAAGGGGUGUACGAAAUUUUAGCUUGCGAUGGACAUUGUUCCUGGCCUAAAGUAUGUAAAAAUAGACACUGUGUAUGCAGAGAUGGUUUUGGAGGUUUCGAAUGUGAUGUGGAAAUUUGUCGUAAUAACUGUAGUAUGCACCUAAAAGGUGGUGUAUGUGACACCAGCUAUGGAAGAUGCUUAUGCAAUGAAGGUUUCGGUGGUGACGACUGCUCUUUAAAAUUGGACAAAAGCCAACUCGUAUUUACAGAACUAUUUAAUUCUGAUUUUCUUUCCGAUGGUUUGGAUCACUUAAGAAAAACUUUGCCAAGGUUUGGACAUAGUUUAGUAGCAGAUAGACGAGGUUUAUGGAUGUUUGGAGGUUAUUCACUUUCUCAUGGACCGUUAAAUGACAUUAGAUUUUAUGACACUAAAAACAAUACUUGGAUGCAAGUAACGGUUGACGCUACUCCCGAUCCUAAGAUGCCGGAAGGAAGAUAUUUCCAUGCAGCUGAAAUUUAUCAUUCAAAGCAAAAUAUUUACAUUUAUGGAGGAUUAAGUUUGCAAGAAAAAAGUGGACAAAAUAAGACAUUAAGAGAUUUUUGGCAGUUUAGCUUAAAAGAACAGAGAUGGAGUCAGAUCAAGAGUAAAGACGAACAUCCUCCUCCUCUUGCGGGACACACGUUGACCUUACAAAAAUAUCAAGACUACGAGAGUCUCGUUCUUAUAGGGGGUUUCUCGUUAAAAGACGGAUUCAUGACAGAUUUGUGGGAGUUUGAUUUAGACCAUGACAAAUGGGUUAAAUUGACUUGCGGUGGCUCUAUGCCUGUUGGACUUAUUGGUCACAGCACGGUGUAUCAUGCACCUUCUCAAAGUCUGUACGUUUUUGGAGGAAUAUUGUAUAUUUAUAAUGGUACUAUAAUAUCGAACAAACUGUUCUCAUUUCACUAUCCAACUAAAACUUGGAGCGAAUUGCCUGUGUUCCCAAGUCUCAAUAAUAUGCAUGAUAAUUUACCACGUGCUACAUUUUUACAUUCAGCAGUAACGACAAAUGAUUACAUGAUCGUAUUUGGAGGUCGAACUGUACCUGAUAAGAGAUCUAAUUCACUUUUAGCCUACGUUUAUAGCUGUAAUCAGUGGGUGAAAUUAUCGAAAGGCGCCAGUGUGUUAGAUCAUCCGCCACCAAGAACAAUAGCCCAUGCUAUGGCAAUUGAUAUGGAAUCUGAGAACGACUGGAACAUUUAUAUAGUCGGCGGCUGGACGGGCAGCGCAAACUGUCAGGUUACGCGAAUCACUCUACCGGACGAUUUAUGCUCACUCUGGAGUUCAAGUAAAAUAGAAUGCAGAAGCCACAUGGGCUGCAGUUUUUGUAGUACAGGAGAUUACACGAAAUGCUACUCAGUUGACAAACCCGGUUGUGAAGGAAGCGAUAGGAUCUCAACUAAUGCGGGUGCAGCUUGUGACGCUGAUCUAGUAGCGAGGCGGCCCUGUGAGAACUUUACAUCGUGCACGUCAUGUUUAGCGGCUUGGCCGUUAUACCCAGAGGAGAAACCGGCUUGCCGUUGGUGUGAAAGUUGCGCUGCCGGCAUUGGUGAAUGUGUUCCUACCGAUGAGUCAUGUACAAGUAUCAAAUGCAACGCUGGAACCACAUAUAUCAGUGACUCCGCUCAAUGUCCAGAACUACGAUGUGUAGCACCGGACUGUGAUAAAUGCGUAUCCAAUCAAUGUUAUUGGACAAGACUAGCAAAUAGAGGUGCUCAAAUAACAACGGUAACCAAUGAUCCAGCCGAACUAUACAAUUGGACGUGCGCCACAAUAGACGAACCGAAUUUAAUCAGCUUGAGGGUAUUUUCACUUAAACCGGGACAUUCAUACUUUGGCGUUACGAAAGAAGAGUGUCCUAGUCGCUGUCACCUCCACGACGACUGCCAGUCAUGUUUGAGUUCCGACGGAGCCGAGGGAGGGUUUUCUGAAUGUCAUUGGGCGAGCUAUCUCAGUACAUGCAUAUCUCCCGCCUACCAGCCUUUAUACUGCGCGGGCGGUGUUUGCGGAUUGGUUUUAACGAAAGCUGAUAAAAAUAAAUGUCCCGCCCCUUGCGGUACAUUCGAACAGUGUACGGAAUGUCUGCAUCAUUCACAUUGCGGCUGGUGUGCGCUCGAAGGAGCUAACGGUGAAGGAGUAUGUACUGAAGGGUCCAUCGAUUCACCAUUAGAUUAUUCGACGCGCACCACUUGCGCCGCGGUGUAUUCCAACCUCCAUCAGAACAAUGGCACCAAUGAUACAUUCUCGUGGCAUUACACUCGCUGUCCGCCAGAAAAUGAAUGUGAAAAUAAUCACCAUCAAUGUAAAGCUGAAUCUGAAGUUUGUAGUGAUUUGCCAGAGGGUUAUGAGUGCAAGUGCGGUGUUGGUCACAAGCGGGUUGGUGGUGUGUGUGCACCCGUGUGUCAGCAGGGAUGUGUGCGUGGUGUGUGUGUGCAGCCUGACAAGUGUAGAUGUGACUUCGGCUAUGUGGGUGCCAACUGUACCAUACAAUGCCAGUGUAAUGGACACUCGCAUUGUGAGGGACCCGACAAGCUUGACGUAUGUACCGAGUGCCAUAACAACACUAUGGGAAGUCAAUGUGAGAAAUGUAAGCCUAACUUCGUCGGAGAUCCCACUGACAACGGUCAGUGUAUACCGUGUUCGGUGUACUGUCACGGACACACAACGGUUUGUACGAACGAAGCCGACGCUGCACUUAUAAGGGAUAUAAGUAGCGCAGACUUAGAGGAAUAUUAUCGCGAGGGCGGCGCUAAAGCAAGAUGUGUGAGGUGCGCCAACUACACGGAUGGGGCGCGCUGUGAGCGAUGUAUUGAAGGAUACUUUAGAGGAUCCGAAGACUUCCGAGACCCAUGUCGGGCUUGCGAGUGUCACGGCCACGGCGAUACUUGCGACCCGGUUACUGGAGAGAAGUGUAACUGUGGCAACAACACUGAGAGCGAUGCGUCGUGUCAGACGGCCUCCAAGAACACGGCCCAGGAAUGCUGGAGAUACCAGUGUGUUAAGUGUAGGGACCUCUAUAUGGGCGACCCUAGAAAUGGACACCAGUGCUAUAAGACCAUCAACAUUGAAAACAAAUUGUGCUUCGAUGGGAAGUCUAUAGAUGAAUGUAAAAUCAAGCCUCGCCCAUUAUAUCCCGGGCAGACGGUGUUCGUGGCUGUGAAUCCCAGAUAUAUGAACGUUGACAUCAGGGUCAUAGUGGACGUCACUCAAGGGGCCGUGGAUCUUUACAUGAGUCCCAACGACAGCUCGUUCGUCGUAUCAGUGAAUUCAUCAUCAGGAUCCCACGCGGUCGAGUUAGAUCCGUCAUACUACAAGCACGAUCCGUUCAGAAAAGUGCCUUCCUUCGAUGACCACUUACCAGAGAAACCGGGCAAGACGUGGUACUAUGAUAAAACGGAAUAUGCUCUAGCCGAUUACACUGCUAAAGACCUCGCAACCUACGUCACGGUGGAUAAACGUAACGUUCUUCUACGCGUCAAGAACCUUAGAAACCGUUUGGUCCUGACUCUACCUCAGAACAUUCACGAUCUGACUCAUACCAAGUUCUAUAUAAUCAUCAGAGCGAGGCACACCGAAGACGGCUCGGCCAGUUUCGGUAUAACUUUCUUCCGUCAGGACCAGCUUCAUAUAGACCUGUUCGUGUUUUUCUCCGUGUUCUUCUCUUGUUUCUUUCUAUUUCUGGCCGCAUGCGUGGUCGCGUGGAAAGCCAAACAAGCUGCAGACGUACGUAGGGCGAGGAGGCGGCAUGUUGUAGAGAUGCUGCAUAUGGCGAAGCGUCCGUUCGCCAUGGUACGUGUGGUGGUGGGGGGUGGAGCGUGGGGCCGGCGGCGUCGAGCGGAACUACGACCAGUCGCUAUAGAGCCGACAUCUGACGGAAGAGCUGCUGUCACGUCGUUACUAGUCAGACUCCCCGGUGGUUCCCGAGCUCCGGUCCGUAUGGCUCUAGGUUCAGCGUUGGUGUUGGUGUCACGUGGCCCGGCAGCGAGACCACGCACGAGGAGACCGCUCACUUAA